AUGCAAAGCCCCUCCUACUUCAAACGCCUACUCUGUUAUGAUUGGCCGUUAACGCAAAAUGGUGUUUCUAUUGGCUACAGGGUUUUUAACCAAUCAGUUGUCGUCAUGGCGCAGUGGAACCAGUUGCAGCAGCUGGAGACGCGGUACCUGGAGCAGCUCUACCAUCUGUACAGCGACAGUUUCCCCAUGGAGCUGCGGCAGUUCCUCGCACCCUGGAUCGAGAGCCAGGACUGGGCUUACGCUGCGAACAAAGAGUCCCACGCCACGCUGGUCUUCCACAACCUGCUGGGGGAGAUCGACCAGCAGUACAGCCGCUUCCUGCAGGAGAAUAACGUCCUGUACCAACACAACCUGCGGCGCAUCAAGCAGCACCUUCAGAGCAAGUACCUGGAGAAGCCCAUGGAGAUCGCCCGCAUCGUGGCCCGCUGCCUGUGGGAGGAGCAACGGCUGCUGCAGACCGCCACCACCGCCACGCAGGAUGGUCAGGCUGCACACCCCACGGGGACAGUGGUCACAGAGAAGCAGCAGAUUCUGGAGCACAACCUUCAAGACAUCAGGAAACGUGUUCAGGAUAUGGAGCAGAAGAUGAAAAUGCUGGAAAACCUCCAGGACGACUUUGAUUUCAAAUACAAGACUCUCAAAAGCCAAGGAGAGUUGUCUCAGGAUCUGAACGGGAACAGUCAGGCUGCUGCGGCGACGCGGCAGAAAAUGACUCAACUGGAACAGAUGCUGAGCGCUCUGGACCAACUCCGCCGACAAAUCGUGACGGAGAUGGGAGGCCUGCUCACGGCCAUGGAUUACGUGCAGAAGAACCUCACGGACGAGGAGUUGGCCGACUGGAAGCGCAGGCAGCAGAUCGCUUGCAUCGGAGGACCCCCCAACAUCUGCCUGGACCGCCUCGAAACAUGGAUCACAUCAUUGGCCGAGUCGCAGCUGCAGAUCCGUCAGCAGAUCAAGAAACUGGAGGAGCUUCAGCAGAAGGUCUCGUACAAAGGAGACCCCAUCAUCCAGCACCGGCCUGCGCUGGAGGAGAAGAUCGUCGACCUGUUUAGAAGUCUCAUGAAGAGUGCGUUUGUGGUGGAGAGACAGCCGUGUAUGCCCAUGCACCCGGACAGGCCCCUGGUCAUCAAAACAGGAGUGCAGUUCACAAACAAAGUCAGAUUAUUGGUGAAGUUUCCAGAGCUCAACUACCAGCUGAAAAUUAAAGUUUGUAUCGAUAAGGAAUCGGGCGAUGUAGCUGCCAUUCGCGGUUCACGUAAAUUUAACAUUCUGGGCACCAACACCAAAGUCAUGAACAUGGAGGAGUCCAACAAUGGGAGUUUGUCAGCAGAGUUCAAACACCUGACCCUGAGGGAGCAGAGGUGCGGUAACGGCGGACGCACCAACAGUGAUGCCUCGUUAAUCGUCACAGAAGAGCUUCAUCUCAUCACUUUUGAAACUGAAGUCUAUCACCAGGGUCUGAAGAUUGAUCUCGAGACUCAUUCACUCCCGGUCGUCGUCAUCUCUAACAUCUGCCAAAUGCCAAACGCCUGGGCCUCCAUCCUGUGGUACAACAUGCUCACCAACCAUCCAAAGAAUGUCAACUUCUUCACCAAACCUCCGGUCGGGACUUGGGACCAGGUGGCCGAGGUUCUGAGCUGGCAGUUCUCCUCCACCACCAAAAGGGGGCUCACUAUCGAACAGCUCACGACUCUGGCGGAGAAACUGCUCGGUAAAAAGACGACACGCUAA